AUGUCUGAUGCGACGGUGGCAGCGUGUGCCGGUGUAAUUGCGGCAGAUGACGUUGCAGUCAUGCUACCAGCAGUCGAAACGCGACUGUCUGGAAUGUCGCGCCUUCCGCUAUCUCAUGGUCAGGAGCGGUUGUGGUUUUUGUGGAACUUGCUUCCUGAGGAUACGGGUUACAACCUGACAGGCGCGGUCCGGUUGGCAGGUGCACUUGACCUGGUUGCACUGCGUGUUGCGCUGGAUAGUCUUGUGCGUCGGCACGAGGUGCUCCGGACGACGUUCGGCUCGGACGGUGAGGCCGCCUGGCAGGAAAUACAUGUGGAGCCGAUUUAUGGGUGGCGUGAGGGCAACGUCUCCGAUGAAGCGGAACUGGGUUCCUUGCUGUCAUCCGAGGCGGCGAAGCCGUUUGAUCUGGAACAUGGCCCCCUCUUACGGGUUCUUCUGGUCAGUGUGGGCCCGGAUGAACAUGUGAUGCAGUUUGGGAUGCACCACAUUGUCUCGGACGGGUGGUCAAUGGAGAUCCUUGUCCGGGAAUUCACCGAGUUUUACAGCGCAUCAGUGGAAGGUCGGGAAGUCCGUCUGUCACCUCUGCCUGUGCAAUAUGGGGAUUAUGCCCUGUGGCAGCGCGAGUGGUUGGAUGACGCGGCUCUGGAAGAGCAGUUGUCCUACUGGCGCGAGCGGCUUGGGGGAGAACAGCCUAUCACGAUGCUGCCGCUGGACCGUCCGCGGACGGAGAAGCGUCGACGUGAGGGAGGACGGACUUCGACGGUGCUUGCCCCUGAGCUUGCAUCUGGAUUGCGGACUGUGGCCAGGCGUCAUGGGACGACGCUGUCGACGGUUCUGCUGGCGGGUCUGUAUGCGCUGCUGCAUAGGUAUGGCGGGGAUGAGGAUAUCCGGAUUGGUGUUCCUGUGGCGGGACGCCAGCGCGCGGAGAUCGAAGGUCUUGUCGGUUUUUUUGUGAAUACGCUUGUGGUACGGGCGGAUCUGACGGGCCAGACGACGAUUGGGGCGUUGAUCGAUCAUGUGCGUGACUGCAUGAUCGAGGCGCAGACGCACCAGGACGUGCCGUUUGAGAAGCUUGUGUCGACGUUGCAGCCGCAGCGGUCGUUAAGCCACUCGCCGUUGUUUCAGGUAAUUUAUAAUUAUCAGACAUUGAGCAGCCUGACGGAUGCGGAUGGUGGCAGUGGGCUAGCAGGCUUGAUUAUUUCCGGUGUUGGGAAUGGGCCAGGCGAAUCUCAGUUCGAUCUCUCUUUGUCUGUUGGGGAAGGCAGGAGAAAUGUUGAUAUUUCCUUCGGCUAUACGUGCGAUGUUUUUGAUGAGGCGACAAUAGUUCAGCUUGCCGAAGAUUAUGCCGGUAUUCUGAGGGAACUGAUACAGCCGGCGCGAGAAACUUUGCCGGUUGGGUCGCUGAAGCUGCUGUCGGUUAAAGUUCCAUCCUACCCGGAACAGACUUACCCGUUUGAGGCGGUUAUGACGCGGAUAGACGGGCAUGCGUUUGAGCGUCCUGGGGCUGUUGCGGUGACGUGCGAGGGUGAGGAAGCGGAUUACGCGUUGCUUGUGUCGUGGUCGUCUCGGAUUGGGCGUCGUCUACAUGGUCUUGGAGUGUUGCCGGACGAGCGUGUUGGUCUGUGCGUGACGCGUUCUGUGGGGAUGAUUGCGGGUCUUCUGGGGAUACUGCGUGCUGGUGGUGCGUAUGUUCCGCUGGACGCGGCGUAUCCUCGGGACCGUCUUGCGCUGAUGAUCGGGGAUAGUGGCCUGACGCGUGUUGUUGUGGAUGCGCAGACCGAGGCGGAGCUUGGGGACCUGUUUGCGGGUCUUGAGGUUGUCCGCAUUGAGGAUGUGGAGGCAGAGGAUGGGGCACCGUUUGCCGUGCCGGUGCAUCCCGACCAGCUGGCCUAUGUGAUCUAUACCUCAGGUUCCACAGGAACACCCAAGGGG